AUGGCAGCAACCAAGAGUCUUCAUUCGAAGGCCGACGACGUUUCCCUCCCCGAACCCUUUGCCUCCAUCCCACGAUACCCUCUCACACUGGCCCCGUCCCCGAUUCAUGCUCUUCCAAACAUAUCUGCUGCUCUCGGUGACAAAGUCACUAUUUUUGCCAAGCGAGAAGAUCUCAACUCUGCUCUCGCAUUUGGUGGUAACAAGACCCGCAAACUCGAAUAUCUGGUUCCCGAUGCCCUCUCAAAAGAUUGCGACACGUUGGUCUCCAUUGGCGGAUUCCAGUCAAAUCAUACCCGCCAGGUUGCUGCUACUGCUUCUAAGUUGGGCCUGAAGUGCAAGCUUGUACAGGAAAAAUGGGUGGAUCAUGAGGAUGUUGGGUAUGACAAGGUGGGGAAUAUUCAAUUGUCGAGACUUAUGAGUGCAGAUGUGAGGCUUGAUAAGUCAGGGUUUGGCAUUGAACACAAGCACACGCUGAAGAAUUUGCAGGAAGAAGUCAUUGCCCAGGGAGGGAAGCCUUAUUAUAUCCCCGCCGGUGCCUCAGAUCAUCCUCUGGGCGGUCUCGGUUUCGCUCGAUGGGCCUUCGAAGUGCACGCCCAAGAACAACAACUCGAGCAAUUCUUCGACACAAUCAUCGUGUGUGCCGUCACGGGCUCCACUUUCGCAGGCAUGGUGGCUGGCUUUAAGCUUGUAGAACGCAUCCAUCCGCGACCUGACGGGAGGGAGAGAAAGGUCAUCGGCAUCGAUGCCAGUGCAAAGCCAAAGGAAACGUUCGACCAAGUGUUACGCAUUGCUCGUCAAACGGCUGUCAAAAUUGGGCUCAAGGAAUCAGAUAUCCGCGAGGACGAUAUUAUUCUCGAUACACGUUACCACGCAGGAACCUACGGUUUGGCCGAUGCAGCAACGCUCGAAGCGAUACGGUUUGGGGCCAGAACGGAAGCAUUCAUUACGGAUCCGGUGUACGAGGGUAAGAGUCUCGCGGGGAUGAUUGAUAUGGUCAGAAAGGGGGAGAUUACCGAGGGAAGCAAAGUGCUAUAUGCCCACCUGGGGGGACAGUUGGCGCUCAGUGCAUAUUCGGAGAUUCAGUGA